AUGAGGCUCUGCUUGUCGUGCAAUUCUAAAGUCAAAGAAAAGUCUUGUCCGCUCUGCCAGGCGCCGGCUGUUCUGAGCUGGAAGGAUGAAUUAGCAUGGAUUCGUCGCCACGUGGAAAACGACGUGCCGGAACAAGUGGCUCGUCUGGGGGAAGUGUAUUCUGAAGGUGCCCUUGGCGUGGUCAAAUCCGAUAAGAAAGCAGCCAAAAUUUUCAAGCGCGGUGUGGAGCUAGGGAGCGUGAAUGCGAUGGUGAAUCUGAGCUGCAUGUAUUUGUAUGGGAACGGGGUGAAGCCUGACAAGAAGAAGGCGAUGCAGCUAGGGCGCAUGGCCGCAGAUCGGGGCUCUGCUGAUGCGCAGAGAAAUAUCGGCCAUCAGCUUAUUAUAGAAGGGAAUUUCGAGGAGGGUUUUCCAUACCUUCGACGAGCCGCGGAACAAGGCCACACACAGGCGGAAGUCACACUCGGGGUUUUCUGCGCGACCCGCGAGUUCGAGAUUGACAAGGACACUAUGAAGCGCUACGGUCUCAGCGACGAGGAGGCCAAACACUGGCUUUUGCGGGCCGCCGCCAAGGGCAACGAGGAAGCAAAGGCGCAUCUGGCGGAACUCGACGCGUGA